AUGGUCAGCGGACCUUGCAAGCGAUGUACCAUUGCUGAAGAAAUGAAGGUACCCUGUCGAAACAUUCAGGCGGUGGUGUUCUGGAGGUCAAACCAGAAAAGCAGUGAUCUCCGACCAUUUGACAGCAUGGUUUGGCGACAAGAGGAAAAAAAUAUUUCGGAGAAGUCUUGUACCUACGGUACAGUUUUUCGGUCUGCACCUAAAAUCCAAACUUUACUUUCGCCUUCAUCUAGAGUUUGCGUGGCCUCCGUUCACAAUCGCACCACACCACCACCAACCCAUCCGUCCGUGAAUUUAGAAGCAGUUUUAGGUGCUAUCGCCCUAUUGGCUGCUAUCGGUCCUACUUCCGUGCUUACGGAUUCGAAAACGAUAGCAAUAUAUCCCUCAUCCAGUGUCCAGGGCUGUCCGGCAUCCCGAAUGAGACACUUGUUUCACGCGGGCGACUCGAAUGAGGAAGUGCUCACAUUACUUUUUGCUACGAACGUGUGA